UCUUCAAUCUGCAAACUAAACACAGACACUCAUCACUCAUCAGUAAUUAGGCGUGUAACAGUGAAAUCUGCUCCCUCCCAUUUUUCUGAAUCAAUGUGGCACCUUCUCGUAGCCGUUGCGGUGGCCGGAACCACUUGUUUCGCCACAAACCGCUUCUUCACCCCCAGGAACACCGAUCACAAUGCCAAUGCCGACGACCCCAACGAUCAUGAAUCAGAGUCCUCCGAACGCGAUUCUCUGACCCAAAACGGGUCUCCUUCUAAGCCUAAGCAGAGGAAGGGUCAUAGAUUGAGACAACUCUUUUGCUGGAGGAAAAGGAAAAAUCCCAACAACAACAACAUUGCUCCUGCAAAGGCUCCACUUUGUUCUCCUGAAGGUAACUCCUUAUUUAGUUUGGGACUUAGCUUCGGCAUCAUGUUUAUGAUGUCUGCACGAAAAGCUGAGAUUGAUGAGCUGAACAAGACCAUGGAUGAGACAGCUAAACUUGUUCAGGAGCUAAAAUCUGAGCUCAACAGAAGAAAAUCAUCCCGUGCUCAUGAAAAUUUGGAUUCUGUUGGCAAUAGUGAUAUGAACUCUCGCAAAAUGAGUGGCAGGCAUGAACUAAUGCUCACCAAGACAAACAGUGAGCUCAGAGACAGUGGUGAAUGUGGAAGUAGUACUCUUACUGAAGAAUCAGAACCAGGGGUUCUGGAAAUGGAUCAACUGGAAGCAGAACUAGAAUUUGAACUCCAAAAGCUUUCUGGGUGCACUAUUGACAGCCAUCGCCAUGAAGAAAUAAAGCCAGAAUUAGAGAAGCUUGAUAGCGAUGGAACAGAUGACUGGGAUUUCAACUAUUCGCAGUCCCAUGGAGUGUCGGCAUCCGAAUUAAAUCAGAAAUUAAGCCAAUUACUCAUUAAACAGCAGGAAGACCAGAUCACUGAGCUGGAAUCUGAAUUGCACCAGGCUCAAUCCAAGCUGCAUGAGAAAGAAGCUGAACUCCAGGCACUAAAGGACUGUGUCAAACGCCUUACUGAGCUUUCGCUAUCCGCAGUUUCAGAUGAUGAAACUCAGACUCUGAUCAGCGAUUGCGACAACAAUAAUGCGGAAUCUAAGUCCAAGCAAUCAGUUCUCAGGGCAAAAAGACCGUUGGAUUCUGAAUCUGGCUUGUGUUACAUGUGAAGAAGACUCUGACCUCUGUAGCAUACAGAAACAAUUCUGUAUGCAGACAGAUAAAGCACUAAUUCAGUAGGCAAUUUCUUCAGAUUAGAAGCUAAUUAUUAGGCCUAAUGUAGUGUUUGUAUAUGCGUAUUAAUUUAAAUAGAUACAGCUAUCAAAUUAGCAACUUGUACUUGGAUAUUGAUUGUUCAUUCUUGGAUAUUAACCCAUGAACAUGCAAAUUUUAUUGAUAUAAUAGUAGUUCAAUGGGUCUGAUUAUUUGAUA